AUGGCUGUCAAGAUCAACAACAUUUCAGUACACAAGAUCCAACCAUCGAAAGGAUCCAAAAUUGACUUUGAGGAAGAUUUCAAGAUCAUCAGAAAUGCUUUGUACGAGAACAGUGUGAUUUUGUUCAAGAAUCAACAGUCACUCUCGCCCAAAGCUCAAUUCGAGCUUACACAAAAGUUUGACCCAUCUGCUGGCUCAUAUGGACAUGGAAAGACGAUCGACGCCAAAAGAAGUGUACUCCACCCUGAUCUCAAGACAAUCCCUCAUCAACCCCAAGUACAAGUAAUUGGAAAUGGCCCAGUUGCCGAGUUUGAAGGAUUGAAGGAUAUCACACUCAAGCACCCUCACCACAAGACCUUCCACAAGACACCAAUCAGCGAGGCUGACGACCGAGACGCAACAAGAUUCUACCGCUGGCACAUUGAUGCAGCACUGUAUGAUCUGUCUCCACCCAAAGUCACCAGUCUCAUGGCUGUCAGUGUCCCAAAGACCGAAUAUCAGACACUGCGAUACGAUGACGGAAGCAAUGAUGAGAUGAGAGUGCCUCGCGGAAGCACUGCAUUUGUGAGCUCCUACCGCAUGUACGACCUGCUUUCCGAAGCCGACAAGGAGUUUGCUCGAACCACAAAAGUGCAAUAUGCACCACACCCCUACAUCUGGAUGUCGCCAGCGAGAUCAAGGAGUGACGGUCUCGGAUUGGUAUCAGAUGGUCUCGAAAUUCCUCGAGAGGAAUUGCCGCCCAUCGACGAGUCAAAGAUCAAAAUCCUGCCCAUGUGUUGGCGCAAUCCAGUGACUGGACGUCUUGCUCUACAAGUUCACCCAUCUGCAGCCGAAAAGCUUCACCUUGCCGAUGGCACUGUCAUCAGUGACUUGAGGCAAGUUCGAGAUAUCGUACACAGGCUCCAGAGACCUGGUAUUGCUCCCGAGCUAGUGUAUGCAGUCAACUGGGAUGAAGGGGACCUUGCUCUGUUCAACAACGAAGGUGUGAUUCACUCGGUCACAGGCUCCUUCCUGCCUGAGGAGGUUCGCAUCUUCAGGCAGUGUAAUUUGGCGGCUUCUCAGGAUCCUCUUGGUCCCCUGUAA